AAUAAUCUAACGUACUCAACAGUUGCGACUGAGAACUUGCGGGAUAUACUUCGCAAAUAAGUUUACUCUUUUACGUAUUCUUUAAAAAUAAAACAGCAGUCUGUUUCUUGAGUUUAAAGUAGUAAGACCAGAUUAUAACCACUAAUACUUAAUCACUUAAAAAGAGUUAAUUUUACAAAGUGCUUGGAAGGAUGCUGGAAGCAAAUAGUAAAAAUAAUACAAGAAUGAUGGACGGCGAGUACAAGAUUGACUUGCAGGAAUCGGAAAAAUUGUUGGAGUUCGAGAAGCCACAGAAUUCACUAAUGUGCAUCGAAUUCAAUAAUCUCUAUUGCUCGGCUCGCAAAGACAAAGGAACUGAGGAAACAAUCUUACAUAAUGUGUCAGGACAUUUCGAAUCGGGGAAAGUUACGAUGAUAAUCGGUCCUUCCGGCGCGGGAAAGACUACUCUAUUGAAGGCCAUAUCAGGAAGACAAGUGAUGGACAUUAAGGGUACUCUCACUGUAAACGGUAUUGAAUGGAAUAAACCGACAUUCCGCAAACAGAUGUGCUACACAUCGCAACAAUUUCAUUUAUUACCAUUCCUGACAGUGAGAGAAACCCUCAACAUAGCAACUCGAUUGAAAGAUGAUAUUAAUAAGAAUGCACAAGAAAUUAAUUUAGUUGUGAACGAUAUUGCGGAGAAACUUAGCUUGUCAAAUUGCUUGGACACAUUAGCAAAUAAAUUAAGCGGUGGCGAACAAAAGAGAUUGUCUAUUGGCGUAGAGAUGGUUACCAAAUCAUCAAUUAUUUUAUUAGAUGAGCCAACAAGCGGUCUUGAUAGUGCGGCAUCUUAUCAAAUCAUUAAUAUAUUGCAUAAGAUGGCAAGAGCAAAUUGCACUAUAGUUUGUACGAUACAUCAACCAAGUAGUCAUAUUGUUUCGCUCGUCGAUGACAUCAUGGUACUUCACGAAGGCAAAUGUAUGUACUGCGGUCCAAAGAGCGAAAUCUUAAACACAUACAACAUCGCCGGGUUCACGUGUCCCAACUUCUACAAUGUGACCGAAUUCGUGCUCGAGGUGGUAACUGGGCAGAGAGGUGGAGAUUUAGAACAUUUAUAUCAGAUCUGUUAUGAUGAAUAUAAAAAGUUCAAAUCGCGCAGUGAAUAUAAUAAAAAUAAUAAAAAAUCGAUUUCAUCGAUUGAUUUCAAACAAAAACUUGAAAGAAAUAAUAUAGAUGCACUCACAAACAACAAGACACAAAAAAAAUCGACGUGGCAACAGCAAAAGAUUUUAUUUGCACGAGCUUUAAUCUGCAUCAAGCGAGAUAAUACCUUUACGAAACUAAGAAUUGCGACGCACAUCGUGGUUGCGAUAAUAUUCGGGCUAAUUUUUUACGAUUUUGGCGAGAACGGAGAAAAAGUUAUUAGCAAUAUCUCUUCCUUAUUUCUCAUUCCAGUAUUUUUAAUCUUGAUGAAUGCCCUACAAACAGUACUAAUAAUUCCCACGGAAAUAGCAGUAUUCCUACAGGAACGUUUAAAUAAUUGGUACUCCUUGAAGUCAUAUUACAGCGUAAAAGUAUUAGCGGAUUUACCGAUGCAAGUAUUAUGUACUUCAUGUUUCAUAUUUAUAAGUUAUUACAUGACUGGACAAUUAAUAGAAUUGGAUAGAAUUCUAAAAACAUGUUUAAUUUGUCUGUUAUGUACGAUUAUUGGACAAACAGAAGGAAUAUUCCUAGGCACACUUUUUGGCAGUAAGUUAGCUGUAUUUUUGGUACCGGCAAUCAAUAUACCAUCACUGCUGUUAACCGGAUAUUUCGUAAAAAUACAAGAAAUGUUGAAUUUCGUAAAGCCUCUUAGCGCUUUAAGUUAUUACAGAUUCGCAUUUGAAGGAUUAAUGCAGGCAGCUUACAUUGACCGACCAAAUUUGUCGUGUUCGGACAUGUACUGUUACUUGGGUUCGACAAAAAAGAUUCUCUAUUUAAUGGAUAUUCCAUCAAUCUCAUUUUACGGAAUUGUAAUAAUACUUAGCUGUUGGAUAAUCGCUUUUCACAUAGUCAUUUGUACAAUACUUCUUUGGAAAAUUAAGUAUGUAAAAAAUUAACAUAUUACGUUAAUGCUCGCGUUUCUAGAAAAUAUUUUAAAAGUGUGUCUCAACCAAAAAGUAACUUAUCAACCAAAUUCUUAUGAAGUGGGCAGGGUUUUAAAACAAAUAAUAAUAGGAUUAAUAAUGGUUAAAGUUGUACAAAUCUUUUGUACAUAAAUAUAUGUAUAACACGUUGAAUUAUAACAACGUAAAGAUUGACGUCAUAUGAUAAAAUAAAUUACAUAUGACUGCGUAAUAAAC